AUAGAUGGUAUAUAAGGGCCCUUCAGCCAACAUUUUAACACAACUUGCUUGACUAGAUCAACUGACAGUAAAACGGAACUGAAAAUGGGAAAGAUUGUCUUCUACGAGGAUCGUAACUUUCAGGGACGCUCUUAUGAAUGUAGCUCUGAGUGUCCAGACUUGACCUCAUAUUUUCAUCGCUGCAAUUCCAUCCGAGUGGAAAGUGGAAACUGGAUAUUAUAUGAGCACCCAAACUACAGAGGACACCAGUAUUACCUUAGCAGGGGAGCAUAUCCGAAUUUUCAGCAAUGGAUGGGUUUCAAUGAUUCCAUCAGAUCCUGCCGUGUUAGCCCACAGCACCACGGAUCAUUCAGGGUGAAGGUCUAUGAGAGGGAUGACUUCAGAGGUCAGAUGAUGGAGUUCACUGAAGAUUGUCCUAAUACUCAUGAAAGAUUCCGUUACCAUGACAUCAACUCCUGCCAGGUGCUUGAUGGAUAUUGGAUGUUCUAUGAGGAGCCCAACUACAAGGGCCGCCAGUAUUACCUGAGACCUGGAGAGUACAGAAGAUAUACUGACUGGGGUGCCAUGAGCCCAAGAAUUGGCUCAUUUAGGAGAGUCCAUCAUUUCUAAUAUGUUAUCUUAAUUUAUGAAUUCAAUAAAUGUAUCAAACUUUCAUCAUCA